UCAACAAAACACACUUCCGGCAAGAAAUUUUGGCCUUUUUGGGCAAUUAUUUAAGAAAUACAGAAAUAUGGAGAGUCCACCGUCCAUAGAGACGGUUAAUCAAGCUCUCCAAGCGUUAUACAAUAAUCCAGAUGUUGUAGGAAAAGAGAAGGCAUCAGUUUGGUUAGGGGAAUUGCAGAGAUCGGUACACGCAUGGCAGGUUGCAGACCAGUUGUUGACCUUGCACCAAAGUCUUGAAGCUUGCUAUUUUGCUGCUCAGACCAUGAGAACAAAGAUUCAGUAUGCCUUCCAUGAACUUCCAGCAAAUGUCCAUCAGUCAUUGAGAGAUUCACUGUUGGAACAUGCAGGCAAAGUUACCGGAGAAACAAACCAUGUCAUUGUUACACAGUUGAGUUUGGCCCUGGCUGACCUGGCCUUGCAGAUGAUAACAUGGAAAAAUCCCGUUCAAGACCUAGUUCAAAAAUUUGGUUCCAAUCAAGCACAGCUUCCAUUUUUACUUGAAGUUUUAAUAGUUUUACCGGAAGAGAUUAAUAGCCGUUCACUACGACUUGGCGCUAACCGACGGCAGGAUGUGAUUGAUGAACUCAAGUCUUCAUCACAAGUUGUACUUCAUCUCUUGGGUGUAUGUCUAGAAAACAUGUCUACAGAUAUUCAAAUACAUACAAAGGUAUUGAAGUGUCUCAGUAGCUGGUACAACAUUGAUGCUAUACCAGAAUCUGUGGUCCAGUCACCACUCUUUGCAGCUCCAUUUAAAGCUAUGGUAUCAAAAGAAUGUAGCACUGGACUGCAUGAAGCUGCAACUGAUUGUGUGUGUAAUGCUCUCUACUGUGUGGAGGAUCUAGAUGCACAUCCAGCUAUGGCACAAGCUUUGUUUAUAUCUGUAUUAGAACUAACAGAGGCAUUCCAUCAGUCUGUGGCUGAGGAGGAUAUAGACAAAUCUUUAAACUACUGUAGAAUAUUCACAGAAAUGGCUGAAUCCUUUUUAGAAGUUAUUGUAGAAAAACCAAAUCAGGGUCUAGGAGAUUUUAAAGUUUUAGAAUUAUUACUAAUGUGUGUAGGACACCACCAGUAUGAGGUGGCUGAAGUGACUUUUAACUACUGGUAUAAAUUAUCUGAAGAUUUAUACCAGAAGAAUGUGACAGAAUUAAAUGAUGUGUUCAAGCCUUAUAUACAGAGACUGAUUAUUGCCUUAUGUCAACACUGUCAGAUGGACCCGGAUCAUGAUGGCAUUUUAGAUCCGUCAGAUGAUUUUGCAGAUUUCCGAAUCAGAGUAUCGGAGCUUAUAAAAGAUGUGAUAUUUAUUGUUGGUUCUUCUACUUGUUUUACUCAUAUGUUCCAUAAUUUAAAAAGCCAAACAUCAGAGACAACGUGGGAUGUUUCUGAAGCUUCAUUGUUCAUCAUGGCAUCAGUUGCAAAAAAUAUUCUCCCAGACGAGAAUGAUGUAGUACCGCAAGUUGUUGAAGCUGUGUUAUCUAUACCAUCCACUGCCCAUAUUGCAGUACGCUACACAACUCUACAGUUGCUCGGUGAAUUAUGUGAAUGGAUUGAUAGUCACUCACAAGUAAUCGACCCAGUAUUACAGUACCUGCUGGCAGGUCUACAAGAAUCUCGGCUGGCGUCAGUGGCGGCGACAGCUCUACAGAGUAUCUCUACAAUGUGUAAAGAUCAUAUGAAAUCUCACUGUGAUGGACUGAUACAGAUAGCGCAGGCAGUUGAUACCUUCAAUAUCUCUAAUGACGCUGCAACGGGAUUAUUACGAGGUGUGGCAACUAUUUUAGCAACUCUACCACAUGACAGUUGUACAGAAGGCAUGCGAAAAUUGUGCAAUUUCCAAACCACAGGACUUAAUAAGUUAUUGUCAGAAGGCUCUGAUAUACCAAAACAAGGAGCCACAGAUGAUCCUACAGUGUGGCUAGAUAGACUCUCUGCUGUGUUCAGAUACACUACACCAACAGUGACCAAUGGUCAAGUCCAUCCAUGUUUACCAGUCAUACAAGAGGUUUGGCCAGUUCUAUCUCAAGCAUGUACAAAGUACCAGGCAGAUGUGAGGAUAGUGGAGAGAUGUUGUAGAUGUAUAAGAUUUGCAAUCCGGUGCCUUGGCAAGAGUUCAUCACCUUUGCUUCAACCUUUAGUGCCUCAGGUCAGUCAUUAUGCAUUUUGUCCACCAACAUUCAAGUUGCUAGAAGAACAAAAUGGUCUCAGAAACCACCCAGAUACUGUAGAUGAUUUAUUUAGACUUAGUUUAAGAUUUAUCCAGCGGGCUCCAUUGCCAUUCCUACAGAGUGUAGCAAUAAAGCCGGUAUUAGUGUGCAAUAGCCUCCUCGCGUCGCCACAGGAUGCAAAUGUUUUGAUGAAAUUUAUAACUAAUUUUCUACUUUCUGUUACAGAGCGUGAGGACUUUGAAAGCAGAAGUACUUUAGUGAAAACACUACUACAUGAACAUGGGCAGGCAUUGGUGCAUUCCUUAAUACAUUCAAUUGUGUUUUGCCUGCCUACAUACAUGUCAGCUGACAUCAGUGACGUCCUGUAUGAGCUGAUGCUAGUAGACAGACCAACAUUCUGUGUAUGGUUGGAGCAUGUAUUAAAAGCCUUGCCGACAGAAGCUACCGGAGGUGCAAUAACAGUUACGCAUAAACAAUUAACAGACUUUCAUAAAGCAGUGACUAGUGCAGAAAAAGUGACACCAAUCUCAGACGCUUUAAGAGAAUUUGCACGUCUAUAUAGAUGAAAGUGAUAACAAAAAAUUAGCUCUUUUAACUAAAUGGUUGUUUUAAUGUAUAAAUGAGAUUUAAAGAGUGAAAAAAAAUCAAGAAUAGGUUUAGACCCUUCUGGUAUGGGCAUUAUCUAUAUUGCCAUUCUGUGGCAUGAGAGCGAGGGUCCUACAUGUAUUUAUUUAGGCAUAAAAGGCAGAAUGCAUGUGCUUUUUACACUACCAAGCUAAUGUAUCUUUUAUCUAGAAAUCUACCCUAAUGACACACUUUUUUCCGAUUUUAGAAGUUUCAUUUUUAAAAACUUGUAAGCUUUGAAUACAGUAAUUGUACCUGCUUUUACUUCACAAUAAGCAGACCUUAAAGGAUGUUUCUAUAACUAUUUAAGAUGUUAACAAGUUAAUUUGAUAGUUUGUGAAUAAAAUUUGUACAAGCUGAUGGUAAUAAAAUAUUUUGUAACUGAGCAACAGUGAUAAUGAAUUUAGGAGAAAAAACAGCACUGCCAGGAUAGCCAUUGAAGACUAAUGAAACUAGCUUUCUAUUUAAUAGACUGACUCUUUAAAAUCAUAUUUCUCUGAAGUAGGAUUUAUUAACUGCUCUUAAAUAUAGUAACAAAAGGAAAGAAGGAGGUGGAGAAAGGUGUGGAACAACUAUAGUUAGGUGAGUGAGUGAGUGAGUUGGGUUUUACGGCGAAUCGAGACAAAAUGGUCAUAUAUCGCCGAACUAUAGUUAGGUUGCUGAAAUGUUGAAAGAUUAAAGGGAAAUGCAAUGAUGUUCUUGCGUUAAUUCUGUCUGCUAGGAUUUCUUUAAUCAUUUAAAGAAGUGAAAGAAUUUUCAAAAUCAUCUUACAAAUGAAAAAGUUAUGAACAUUUUAAUAUUUGAUAAAAUUGCCGCCAUUUUGAUUCCAUGACAACAAGAAACAAAAUGGUGGAUUUAUUACAUUUCUAGAUACAUAUUUGAACUAAAUUUAAUUAUUUCUGUAAAUUUAUUUCUCUAUUUUUCCAGUUAUAAUGCAAGAAAUUACCAUGUUUUACAUCUCACUCUCAAGAAACAUACGAUAUUAAUCUAUUUAAAAGGUUUUUGCUAAAUAAAGAAUUCCAGUCAUAAACACACUAAAAUGGCUGCCUCCAUGAUUGGACAUUUUCUUAAAUUUCAAACUGCCAUUUCUUUUUCUAUAGUGGUCCAAUUUUAAAAAUUCUUUCAGCGUUGUGAAAGGCUGAGGGGUUGACUUUUAAAUGAAAUUAACCUAUUGUCAGGCAUUCCUUUCACUUUAAAUGUAUGCAAAGUUUUUAAAUUAUCUGUUCAGGAAUAGUUAAUUAAUUUGGAGUCAUACUUUCUGCAAUGUACUGUUUAUUAAAUGGGUGAAAUAAAAACAUUUUUUGCUGCAAAAUGAAAAUAGAACAUAGAAGUUUUGUGCAGGGCAAGAACUUUGAAAUCGUUGGAAAUAUAUUCCACAGUUACUGUGUUUUCCAUUCUUGGAAAAAAUAGUUAAUUGAUAUUUCUUUAAAGUCCUAUAUUUCUGUAUUAAAUACUGAUAAAGCAGUGAACAAUAUAUUUACUUUUUAAAAUGAUACUUUUCAUGCGAUUGUCAUAUUUUCGCAUACCAUGGUAUUCAGAAGGGUUGCUAGUCAGAUUUUAAAAUUCUUCCAAAUAUUUUAGACUUAUUUUGUUAUUAGAAAAUUUUCUUAAGUAACCACACAAAAAUUAUUGUUUUACGUACGUGUUACUGUAGCAUGUUGGCAUUAUUUUAUUUCCUUUAGGGCUUUAUACACAGCUAGGUGAUGAUUAAAACUUGUUAUUUUUUUCUUGGUAUGCUGGAAGUAAACAGUUUUAGUUUGAAUGUAUAACAUUUGUGUCAGAAGUAAAACUUGUAAUAUACACCUGUAAAUUUUAUUCAUAGUGUAAAUGAAAUAUAUAAUGUUCCUAAUAUGGACAUGUAAAUUCUAAUCCAGUGUACAAAGACAUAGAGAUGCAUUUUUUUAAUGUGUAUAAACUGCAUCAUUUCAGCCUUUUUGUUUUUGCCUUUUGCAGUAGUAGUGUGCUGUAAGGUCUCAUGUAUUUUCAUUUGAAAGUCUUGCCGAUUUUUUCCUUUGGUGAUUUAAAGUGGUUGAUAAAGUUGGAUGUUCCUUUUUCCUAAUAAACCAAACAGUUUGUCUUCCCAAAUAUUCAAAAUAUGUACAAAGCAUACACAGUAUAUUUUUACUCAGUUAAAAAAAAAAAAGAAUAAUUAUGUUCAUAUACAGUCCAGAGAGGAAAACACGCCCUUUUUAGGUUUGUGAAAUAAAAAAUGAAUUCAUAUCAAGUCUAAACAGGAAAAGACGUACUUUGGUGGGCUUGUGAGUAGCAGAACUUCAAAAUUUGCCAUGAUUAAUAGCCAUAAAGAACAAUUUAACCAUAGCAGCUAUAUAAGUGGUCUCAAUUUUUGACAUAAUUGUUAACUGUUGUUGGUAUAUGCCUGUUUGCGUUCUGGUACCUACUUCAGGCUGGCUAAAUUACAGAGGCCCCUGCUUAAACAGUAUUUUACCUAGGGGACUUGGCAAGUUGUCAGAUGACCUGAACUGUCUUAUAGACUUGAUAAAUGUUCCAUCUGAGUGUAACGUAAACGCAAUUUGGUUUUUGAUUCUGACGGUUAGCUUCGAUUCUUGUGAGUGGAGAUUCAAACAAAUCAAAACUGAAAAUCGAAAAAGCUGUUAGAUUACCUUGACCUUCUUAUAGACUUGAUAAAAUAAAUGUUUCAUCAAAAUGUAACGUGAACUGAUUUUGCUUUUGGAGGUCAACAUCGAGUCUUGUGGAUUGUGAUUCAAACUUAAAGGAAAGCUGAAAAUUGAAAAAGAAAAAAAAAGUUACGGGAGUUUGAUGCAAGUCUUUUUGGCAUUGUGAGAAAAUGUUCUCAAUAUUUUAUUUUUCAACAGAAAAAGACAUGACAUCUAGAAACAGUAGGCUUUUUUCUAAACAACUGACAGUUACCUUGUAGCAUAUGUAUAAAGAUAAUGUAAAUUAUCAGUGUGCUAUUUUAAUUAUGUAACAAUUAUGUAUAAAUCUUUUUAGUUUGUUUUAUAUGCUUAUUUUGUUUUUUACAAAAUCAUGUUAACAAUACAGCAGUAUGACAGUAUUGUGAUAAUGUCAUAUUUUUAAUAUAAAGUGAAAAAAAAUCUC